AUGAGUUCUGCAAAUGGGUCUGGAGAUUUGUCAUCAGAGAUGGAGGUGGAUGCUUUUAGACGCCUUUUCCCUCUACGCUUUCAUGAACGCCAUCUGCUUGAAUCAGUACGACCUGAUGGAAUGGAAGGCUACUGGGAAAAGCUAGAGGUACAACAGUGGCCCUUGACCAUGCUGGCUGCUAUUAAAAUGGAGGUCAUGACACCUACGGUGGACUCACAAGAUGAGGGCUACAUAGCUUUAGCAUCAUCACUGGCAUAUUUUCUUCUACUGUUCUUCCUUGAUAUUCAGCCGCAGAUGUUCUGGCAUGAUCAAUAUGAAGGAAUUAUCACUGGUCAGUGGGAAAGCUACUUGGAUGGCUUAACUGGUAAUGUAUUCCAACUUCAGAUAAAUUCGGGAAGCAUGUCUUUGAAAAAUGAUGUUGGAUCUGAGCCUUUUGAAUAUGAAUUGCGUGAUCCAUACAUAUAUGGCUUUCAAUCUUUUGGUUACUAG